UCCAAAAUGGCGGACGAUCUGCAGGAUGAAUGGUGGCUACAAGACGACGAAGACGAUUCUGCGAACAAGAAAGUUGAACCUCCACAGUUGAAUACAGACAACCGUAAACCAGCAAAGACAAAGUUAAAGAAGACUCCUAAGAGUAAGAGUAAGACUAUCACAAGAAGCAGACCUGUCCAAGACACCGGCAAGAGGAAGCUAGACGAUGUACCUGACUCAGCUGUCUCAAAGAAAAACAAAAGAAGAAGGAAUAAGAAAAAGAUCAGUGAGCAGCUCCCAUCAGAGCCCUCCAUGCCAGACCCAGCUGAUGUGAUGUCAAUUCUCCUAAGGGGUCAGAAGCUGGAGCUGACAGCAGUAGAGAUGGAGGAACUCAAACUGGAAGACAAGCACUUCUUGUCCCCAAAUGACUUUUCCCACCCAAAUAUUUCAUCAUAUCUUCAAGAAGUUGUUCCAGACUGGUCGUCCCUUGUAGACCCCCACGAAGCCAAGGGUGCCCCCUUGGUAAUAGUCUUGACUGGUGCAGCCAAAAGAGCUGUUGAUUUGAAUAGAGAUUCUACAACUUUCAGAGGGAAGGCAAGGUCUAUAAAACUGUUUGCCAAACACAUCAAGGUGCAAGAUCAGGUGGAACAGCUGUCUAAACAGGUGGUGCACCUGGCAGUGGGGACACCUGCAAGGGUAGCCACUCUCGUGGAGGAAGAUGCUCUGAGGUUGGACCAUGUGAGAUGUGUAGUUCUGGACUGGACCUACCGAGAUGUCAAACUCAGGAGGCUCUGUGACAUUCCAGAGGUACGAGGUGAUCUGUUCCAGCUUUUCAGGAAACAUCUCAUACCACUAGCGAAGGAUGGUCUACUGAAGUUUGGGCUUUUCUAGACCUAAAUAGAGAAAUCUUGUCUUAGCCAAUGUACCAAAAAGACUACCUGCAUUAUUUGAAGCUCAACAACAUCUAUAUAUCCAAACACAGGUUUCUAACAGAAGCAAAACUGAUAUUUUUUUAGUCGGAUAAGAAGCUGUCUUUAACAAAAAUCUGUUCAAAAUGAAUGUGACUGCACACUACCUGAAUAUGGAAUCAUUACACUGAGGAGUAUUUUGAAACUACAGAUCCUGAGUUCAAUGGUGUAGUAUACCCUGCAGUACUGAGCAAGAUUACUAGGUGGCAUCACUGAGUGGAGACCAGAAUACGGAUGAUCAUAAUAAAGCGAGGUGUGGCACGU